GUUAGCGGGUGGACGUCUACGUCGUAAACGUGUAGUCGUAGCUCGUAGCACUACUACGUAACCCACAUUAACUACACUCGCAGACAAUUAAAUUUAAAAAUCCUCUCGACAACGUUGUAAAAAGUAUCGAUAAUUGAAGUUUCUGUUUUCACUUUGUUAGGAGUUCCUCGAAACUUUGUUAUUGAAUGAAGUUUUUCUUUAAUGUUUUUCUUUGCGAGUUAUUUCAGAAAUUAGUAAAGUAUAUAUAUACAUUUAAUUCUUAGUGUGUACUGAACUGUAAAAAAAUCGGAUAUGACUGAUUCACGAUGUGGCUAAGAGGAAUAGAAAAUAUGAAGACAUCUACAGUGCUCUUCCUGCUCGUACACUUAUCCCUGCACACGGUAGAUGAAGGCCACGCUAUAAAUCCGAGUUGUUCGUGUGUUCGCUUCACAUCGACACAUGGCAAGGAAAGGGGAACGUUCAGCAGUCCAGACUAUCCACGCCCAUAUCCACGAGGCCUCUGUCUUCUGUAUACAUUUCAUGCAGAACCACAUCAGAUAGUUGAGCUUGUGUUCACCGAUUUUGAUAUUUACAAAGAUCACUUGGAUUGUACGCGUGGUGACUUUCUUAAAGUAUAUUCUGAAGGUGGUACUCACGGUCCAGGUCCACCUGGUAUUAACGAAUAUUCUGCCUGGUCGAGGAUUCUAUGCGGAAACAGGGCUGAUGCACCACCGGCUAUAUAUUCUCAUGGGCCUCUAAUGGUAUUGGAGCUGCAGAGCGGUGAAAAGACGUCAAACGCGUCAGGUUUUAUUGGCACAUACAGGUUUAUAGACAGACGAAACUUCGAAACGGAUGGAGUUAAGGUCGUCGACACACUUUGUGACUACGUGUUUACUUCACAACCAAAUAAACCCGCUCAUGGGCGCCUUUAUAGUCCUAGGUAUCCUUCAAGCUACCCUAGCAACGUGAGAUGCAGCUAUCAUUUCAACGCAAGAAAAUAUGAAAGGAUAAAGUUGAUAUUUGAAGAAUCGUAUUUACAAAGAGGAGAUGAAAGUUGCUUAAAUCGAGCUGAUAUUAUCAAAGUGUUCGAUGGAAAAACUUCUACAGCGCCAGUCAUUGCAAUGCUCUGCAAUGAAAUUGUGGGAUAUGAAAUCUUAUCAACGGGCCCAGAACUUUUCAUUCAAUUCACGGCAAAUUCAAACAUACAGGGACAAGGGUUCAAAGCAAGUUACCAGUUUUUGAUGGAGGAUAACUCUAGCACAGAUGUCGAAAGUAAGAAAACAGGUAUAGUUGAUGGAUUAUCCGCUUUGGGACCAGCAGUCAGUGCCGCAACGUCAUCAUGUCAUCAAGUAUUCAGGUCUGAUAAGACCAGUGGCGGUAAAUUGAUCUCUCCUUUAUAUCCAUCCCCUUAUCCGCCGAAAACGCAAUGUCAUUAUGACUUUUUGGCAAGAGGAAGGGAGCGCGUAAGAAUAGUGUUCGAAGAUUUUAGCUUACAAAGAGUGACGGGGAGCAUUAUUGACUGUGAAAGUAUGGACUCGUUAGACGUAUUUUUAUACGUCGACGGUCGGCUGGAGAAAAUGGCAUCCUACUGCGGCAACGACGUACCAAAGCCAUUAAUGUCGAAUGGACCAAAAUUAUCAAUCGAAUUCCGGGGUAUCUAUUCGUCUAGAUACAGCAGAGGGUUCAAGAUAUCUUAUUCUUUUGUUGAAGAUUAUGCUAUAGCAACAGGAAAACAGCUAUUAGAGUUUCCAUGUGCCUUCGUAUACAAUAGCACGGAACGGCGAAGGGGAGUUGUGACGUCACCGAAUCACCCCGGCCUUUACCCGAGGGACACUGAGUGCAAUUACUUCUUCUAUGGCCGGAAGAAUGAAAGAGUGCAUCUACGUUUUACUCACUUUGACGUCGAGGGAGUAGUACCAUGUGAAGCCGUAUCUGCGAGUGACUACGUCCAAUUCUCAAGUAAGAUGAUUGAUAAGGGAAGUCAGAGGCACUGUGGUCAAUUGAGAGAGCUCCAAAUCGCCUCGGAGGGUAAUUUCUUGAGGGUCACGUUCCGGUCCAACGACAGACUAGACGGCACUGGUUUUAAAGCUGAAUAUAUUUUCCUUAAAGAUUCAGAAAUGCAAAGUAUAAGACCGGACUCCAGUGGUACUUUCGAUUCAAGGAAGACAACAUUCGGGCGAAUAAUUGUAUUUCAUUUCGUUUAUUUUUUAUUUAAACUAUAAAAAACAAAAUAACUUAUUAUUAAGAGAGAAAAUAAAU